AUGCGGCUACUGCUGGUGGUGCUGGCCCUGGCCCUGCUCCUCAGCAACUUGGAGCCAGGGGGCGGUCUGUCGCUGGAGAGCCUGCUGACCAACAUGAGGUGCAAGUGCAUCAAAUCGACUGCCCAGGUCAUCAACUUGGGGCUGAUACUUGCCAUUGAUGUUACGCCACCGGGUAUUCACUGCAGGAGGAAGGAGAUCAUCCUCACCCUGAAGAAAAACAAGAAGCUGUGCGUGGCUCCCGAGGCGCCUUGGAUCCAGCUCCUCAUCCUCAAGCUGACGCAGAGGUACCCAACACCCAGCAACUGA